ACAGGUGUUGAUCAUUUAGCUAAUUAGGCAGGAAGUCUAUAAAGUGUGGCACUUCCUCUGUGUUUUGAAUCAUUUAAUCAUGUUGAUGCAUCACUACCUUGGUGUGAUAAUCGUGGCUGUUUUUGUAACAACUGCCACUAAUGCAGAUAUCAACGUAGUCUGUGCAAAAGACUCAGUAAAAAUCACAUGGAGGAUCAGUGCUGAGUUGGUGCCAUAUGCAGCUCGUCUCUUCCUGGGAAGCUGCAUGCCAUCUCAGCUGAAGGUCUUACCCACUGGUGAGGGGGAAGCACUGUUCAACUACAAGUUUGCUGACUGCAAGUUUAAAAAACUGAUUAAAGGGAAACACAUUUUCCAUCACAAUGAACUGACUUACAGGCCACAGGCAAAGCCAAAACCUGCCUCCUUUGUGUAUCCCAUCGAGUGCGUUUCCAAAAGACCUGAGGUGUGGGUUCCUCCAUUCCUGAACCCUGGAUCAGGUGUGUCAGGUGGUCGUGGCGGGCUGCACUUCCACAUGGCUCUCCUCAAUGAGGACUUAACAGGUAUAGCCAAGACAAAUGUCAUCCCCCUGGGCUCUUUCAUGCCACUGUGGGCAGCAGUGGAGCAGAAGUCCCAUCAACCUUUGCUGCUGCUCAUGGAGGAAUGUGUGGCAGCCACAACACCAGAGCUGCAGCCUGGCAGCCAGGUUUACCCCAUCAUUAGCAAUAAGGGAUGUCUUAUGGAAAGCGUGAGGGGAAACUCCAUGUUCCUUCCUCGAUACCACUCGUCUGCCAUCAUCCUCUACCUGCAGUCCUUCAAGUACGGUCUCGGAGAGGAGGUGUACAUCCACUGUAAACUGGUUGCAUGGGAUCCGGAAGUUCUUGACGAGAGCAAGAAAGCCUGCCAUUACGUCAAGGAAAAUGGGAGCUGGGAACUACUCGAUGACCCGUUUCAGAGCUCCCUCUGCAGCUGCUGUGACUCAACCUGCACGUCCCGCUCCAAAAGAGGAGCUGAAUGGGAAUCUCACAGCUGGAGUCAUAAUUCUGUGUUGGGACCCUUGAUCAUCACGGAGACGUCUGACACGAAGGCCCACAACAACAGCAGCAGCUGACUCUCUGGAUGAACCCAGUCUAAACUGAUGGAGACUCCAUGACCCUGCACAACGGGAGGGCCAGCAGCAGAUGACCUCAAUCUCCUUCCUGACAUAACAAGAUGUCGGGACAUCAGCUUUAAUCUUGACUUUUAUGAUUUCAGAUUUACUAGGACCUACUGCAGUAAUUGCCAAAAAACCUUAUAGAUUCAUCCUCUGAUGUACAAUAAAGCUGGUUUAAAUUCC